CUGCAUCUUUUCUUUUAUUUAUUUAAUAAGGAAGAAGAAACACACAAAUCAUUCUGUGCAUGUCCCGUGUCUUUGAACAAGAAGAAGAGUUGCAGAGAGAAAUAGUGACCGGACGAUGGCUUUGAAGUUUUUGAACAAGAAGGGAUGGCACACGGGGAGCCUUAGGAACAUAGAGAACGUGUGGAAAGCUGAGCAGAAGCACGACGCCGAACAGAAGAAGUUGGAGGAGCUCCGCAAACAGAUUCAAGAUGAGCGUGAGCGUUCUGAGUUUCGUCUUCUCCAGGAGCAAGCUGGUCUUGUCCCGAAGCAGGAAAGGUUGGAAUUUCUUUAUGAUUCGGGAUUAGCAGUUGGCAAGACCAGUGGCAGUUCCAGCGGAGGGGGGGUUGGAGUUGCGUUCAAGGCUCUUGAAGAAUCCAUUCCCGGCAGCACCACCAGCAGUAGCAACAACAACAACGCGCCAUCCUCUUCUGCCCAGCAGUCGUCUGCCCCUGGAGCCUUAUUCGAGGACAAGCCUCACUCUUCCAAUGACGCUUGGAGGAAACUCCAUUCCGAUCCUCUCCUUUUGAUUCGCCAGCGAGAACAAGAAGCCCUUGCCCGUGUCAAGAACAACCCCAUUCAAAUGGCCAUGAUUCGCAAAUCUGUUGAAGCAAGUAAAGAGAAGGAGAUGAACCAUGAUAGAAAGGAACACCAAAAGAAGCACAGUCAUAGUAAAGGAAAGCAUCACAAGCAUUCAUCGAAACUGCAAUCUGAUUCUGAAAAUGUCAGUGGUGAAGGGGAAAGACGGAGAAAGACUAGUGAUCACAAGCAUUCAUCUUCCAAACGACAAUCUGAUUCAGAAGAUGUCAGAGUUGAAGGGGAAAAGAGGAGAAAAACUAGUGAUAGAAGGAGUUCAAAGUAUGAUGAGCAUCAUUAUAAAGCACAAGUUGAUUCAGAUGGUGAGUCAAGUGAAAGAGAAAACCAGAGAGGAAGGAAUAGCUAUCGGGGUUCAAAAUACAGAGAGCGAUCUCCUCGUGGGUACUCACACCCAAAAGCUGGAAAAAAUGAUGGUCAGGAUACUCACAGGAAGAAUCAUGGCAAGUCAAUGAAUGAGAGGUAUUCAUUGGAAGGCAGGACAGAUUUUGAUGCUGAUAGAAAGGGAAGGGAUGCAAACAGUUCUCGUGAAGCAAGGUCUUAUGCUUCUUCCGAGUCCGUUCGCUAUGAUUCAAACUAUAAACGCCGAAAUGUCGCUUCUAAACUGACAGAAGAAGAGCGACUUGCUAAGCUACGGGAGAUGCAAGUUGAUGCUGAGUUGCAUGAGGAGCAAAGAUGGAAACGUUUGAGGAAGGCAGAGGAAGAUGAUGCACGAGAAGCUACUCAUACAAGCAUGUUGGGUGGCAGGAAUUUCCUAGAUGCUGCUCAUAAAAGUGUGUAUGGAGCUGAGAAGGGGGGGAGCUCAACCAUUGAGGAGAGCGUCCGUCGUCGUGCACAUUAUUCACAAGGAAGGACUGAAGUGGGUGAUGGCAAUGCUUUUCGCCGAUGAAGCACUUCAACCUUGGUUUUUGCCUUUCUUGUAGUUCCAGGUGUGUUCCUCACCUUUCAAUGCAUGUGCGCAUGUUCCAUAAUAUCGACCUCCCUCCCACCCACCUUUGUCAAACCGUCUUGUAAAAGUAAGUGAUUGAUUCAAAUAGCUAUUGAUUUGAUGUAUCUCCUUGGAAAACUCAGCAACAUCAUAAAUGGUUGAUAUUAUAUCCAAUUGUACACUUUAUUAUUUUGAA